GUUCAAAAUAUUUUGAUUCGCAGCUUCCCGAAUAAAUUGACGCGUGUUUUCGCAAUGCAAUUGGUCAGAAACUGUGUGAAAUUGCGAAAUUUGUUGAUCUUUCAGAGAACAUUCACAACAUCUCUGAAAACUGAAGUGAAAUCCGGUGAAAUUGUGCCUGAAUACAAUGUUUCUUAUCUUCUUGAUCCUGAAAAUCUCCCCGAAAUCACAGCCAACAUUUCUCGCCGGAAGGGUGUUGGAGACAUUCGGAAAGCCCAUGAGCUAGCCAGGAGAUUGAAGGAUAGCAGAGAUCCAGCGACGGAGAUUCAAUUACAUGAAGAAUUAGGGAGGAUUCCCAACAACACUCAUCCGGAAGUCGUUAAUUAUGGCGACGAAGCCAAAGUCCUGCAGAUGAUCAAUGAGAAGAGAAACUUCUCAUUCAAACCACAUCCAUUUGCGACAAUCUGCCAAAAGAAUAAUCUUCUGAGAAUGGAGAAGUUAGGGAAUUUCUCUGGCCACAAGAGUUACUACCUAAUGGGAGACUUGGCAGAGCUCGAACAAGCGCUGCUUCAGUACACAGUGGAUCGACUGACAAAUCAUCAAUUCGAAAUGAUCAACGUGCCUGACAUUAUUCCUGCCCAGAUGAUCGAGGGCUGCGGCUUUACCACCACUGGAGAGAGGAAUCAAGUGUACAAGCUCAGCGAACCACCACUGUGUCUCUCAGGCACUGCCGAAAUGGCUCUGGCGGGCUUCUUUGCCGGACAGACACUGCAGGAAGACUCGUUGCCAAGGAAAGUGAUGGCUGUAUCCAGAUGCUAUAGAGCAGAAGUAUCUGGACUGCAAGAGGAGCGCGGAAUCUAUCGAGUUCACCAGUUCAGUAAAGUGGAAAUGUUUGGAGUGGCUAAUCCUAAUGCCUCCGAUGAGCUCCUCGAGGAGUUUAGGAAUAUUCAAGUGGAGCUCUUCAGUGAGUUGGGACUGCACUUCAAGAUUCUGGACAUGCCUCCGCCGGAAUUGGGCGCCCCGGCGUACAGGAAGUACGACAUUGAGGCUUUCAUGGAGGGCCGGUCAGAUUAUGGCGAAAUCUCCAGUUGCAGCAACUGCACGGAUUAUCAGGCGCGUCGCUUGGGUAUCAGGCUGCCCUCGGGAGAUUUCGCUCACACCGUCAAUGGGACAGCUUGUGCUGUGCCUCGGAUGCUGAUAGCCAUCCUGGAGGCCUUCCAGAAUGACAAUGGCACUGUGAAUAUUCCCGAUCCUCUGCGGCCUUACAUGUCAUUCGACCAAAUCUCCCGCCGAAAGGCGAUUCCGCAGACGAAUCUGGUGAAGAAGAUAGAAAAUCCAGGGAGUGGGAGUCGAGUGGAGGCUAAGACAUAAUUUGACAGUGAAAAUUCUCGAUCAGUUUAUUGAAUAGUUUGUUAGUGAUCCAUGAAAAUAAACUCAUUAUGAAAUA